AUGGGUUGUACUGAAAGUAGAAAGACAAAUAAUCAAUCAUUUACAGUAGAUGAAAUAUAAAGACUUAAAAGAUUUCAUACUACAUAUGCAAAUUAAUAUAAUUUUAUUUAGAACGUUGACAAUUUAAGCUUAGAAGCAUUUUAAUAAAUAUUUAAAGAAAAUAAAUUAUUAGGUCAAUGCUUUUAUAAAUUUAUUAUUGACUCAUCUAAAAAUGGUAAAGCAAAUGGAGAAACAUUUAUUGAUGCACUCGAAUUAAUAUGUAAAAAACCAACUAAUCAAAUGAUGAUUGAAAAAUAUUCUAGUUUUGAUAGAAUAGAGUUAUUAACAAUAAUACUUAAUAAAAGAUUAAGAAAGAAACUUGAUAAAAUUAGAUUCGCCACAAUAACUUACUCUGAAGCCUAUGAUUUUAUAUAAGUGACUUUAUAAAUGUUUAAUGAAAAUUAUGAAAAUCAAAUAAAUUAAGAUAUUAUAAGAAAUAUAACUGAUAAUACAUUAUCUUUUAAUUAGGGAAACAUAGAUUGGUGGUCUUUUUGCAUAAUGAUUAGGGAACAAUUAGUUUUAUUAACCUAAAUAAUAUAAUAAUAUUUUUACAGUAAAUUUUUAGAAAAACAAGUUUCGUUUCAUUUACCAAAGUUACCAUAAGGAAAUUAAUUAUUAUAAAACAAUGAACAUCUUUCUUUAUUAUUUUUAAAUAAUAUUUAUUUGUCAAAUUUUCCCAAAUUAAAAUUAGUAUAUAGUUCAAACGAAUAUUCAUAUAAAUUUGAAGACUUCGUAAAAGAAUUAACUGCUUUUAAAGGCCCUACAUUUGUAUUAGUUUAGUUUAUAGACGAUGAUUAAUAAAAAUAUGUAAUUGGAGGUUUUAAUUAAAAUUAAUGGAUUAACAAUUCUGUUCAAGGAGAUAGAGAAUCUUAUGUAUUUUCUCUAUAUCCUAGAUAUAGAAAUUUCUUCCCGUUAGAAGAACAAACUAAAGGAUUUUUAGUUAAUAAUACCCAAAUCGAAUAUUGUAGUAUAAAUAAUUAAGGAUUAUCUUUUGGAGGAAGCAGACGUGAUAAUAGCAGAAUUUGGAUUGAUGCCAAAAAUUUAAAAGAUUCCAGUUGCAAAAACAAUAGUGAUUUUAAUUAUAGAAGAGGUUAUUUAAUUAAUUUAAAAGCAAAAAAUCUUAUAGCCAAUCAUGUGGAGGUUUAUGGAUUAUACGUCGAUUAAGAAAAACUCCGUUAUUCAAAAUAAUCAGAUUAAAAAAAUAAUUUCUAUAACCAUAAUGAAAUAAAAGAAAUUCUAAACAGAGCAUCACAUAUAAAAACAGAAGUUUUAAAAGGAAUAGAUGUAGAAAAACAGAGUACUUUAAGAUCAGUAUUUAAUUAAAAUAAUCCUGUGAUUAAUUAAAGAAUAUCUGUAAUCUAGUAAUCACCUAAUGUUAAUAUAACUUAGAAGGAUGAAAUUACUUUUAUAGAGUACGACAAAGUUGUAAAAGCAACCAAAUAUAAAACUCUUACUGAAGAAAGUGAAGUUAUUGAUAGUAAAAGUUAUAAUGAACAAAUUAUAUAAAGAAGAUCUUUUGGAAAAUUGAACGCAAAGGUGUUAAUGAUUAAAUUAGUUUUAAUGAUUUAAGAUAAACAUUAGAAAUUAAUUGAUAAGAUAUUAAUUAAAGAUUUAAUUAAACAUUACUGA